GCAAAAAUUAAAAUUUUUUUAAUUGUGAAAACUUUAAUAAAAUAAUUAAACUAAACACUAAGUUGAAUUCUGGAUUUAAACUUAAACCUUCAACUUAAAAACUAUAAUUCAACACCUUAGCCAUGGACUCAUCAGUUUCAUCAUCCCUUAUCUCAGCAUCUGCACUUGCAAUUUCACCAAUGAACCUCCAUUCACUCGACUCACAAAUGACAGAGUCAACAAAGUCAGUCAUGCAAAAUUAUAUGAACCUGCAACAAGUCUCAAAUCCAACAACUCUUCAAAAUCUUAACAUGUUCUCAAUGCCUGACACAUCAGAUGUUGCUGAGAAUUAUCCAUUAAAAAUAAAUAAAUUAAAUAUUCAGCUUAAUAACAACAAUAAUCAUACAAACAACAACAACAAUAUGUCAAAAAUGAAGAAUGAAGGUUAUGGACAGUCCUACAAGUCACAUCAUGAGAAUAAUGAAAAUUAUAUGCCAGCAUCGAUGGAAAUCAGCCUCGAAAUUAACAAAAAAUAUUUUUCAUUCACAUCCGAGCAGGUUCAGUGCAUGUGUGAAGCUUUACAGCAGAAAAAUGACAUUGAAAAAUUGACAACAUUUUUAUUCAGCUUGCCAGCAGACGAACUACUCAGCAACAGUGAAAGUAUCCUUCGUGCUAGAGCUAUUGUUGCUUAUCAUCGCGGUUCCUUCCAUGAACUUUAUGGAAUCCUUGAAAGUCACUGUUUUUCAGUCAAAUUUCAUUCAGAACUUCAAUUACUUUGGUUUAAAGCUCACUACAGAGAAGCUGAAAAAGUCCGAGGACGAGCACUUGGAGCUGUUGACAAAUAUAGACUCAGAAAAAAAUAUCCACUGCCAAAAACAAUCUGGGAUGGUGAGGAGACAAUCUAUUGUUUCAAAGAAAAGAGUCGAAAUGCGUUGAAAGAUUGCUAUGAGAGGAACCGAUAUCCAACACCAGAUGAGAAGAAAAUUUUGGCAAAGAAGACUGGAUUAACGUUGACUCAAGUCAGUAAUUGGUUCAAAAAUAGACGACAGAGAGAUAGAACACCGCAAGCUAGAAGUGACUAUAUGCAGCUUAGUGACGAGAACUUUCCGAGGGGAAUUUACGCAACAUUUUCAUCAGCCUCGACAAUGAAUCCACAAUAUCAGUAUGGAGGUGUAUAAACUUAGUUUAUGGACGUCUUGUCUAGAUUUGAAUAUUAAAAGAUAGAUUUUGUACAUUUAAAAGUGUUGAGUAGAGUGACUAGAUGUCGUUCAGAAAGAAAAAAUGAUUAAAAUUGCAGAAUUUCUGAGUCAAAAUAAUCUUAGAAUAUUUCAAUAAAUUGUGAAAAUUACAAUAACUUUCAUAAAUAGUUGAUAUAAAAAAAUGCUUGCCAAAUUAUUGAUAAAUUACUGUACUUAAAAUAAUUGUGAAAUAAAAAUAUUGCUGUAAACUAGAGCUAAAUAGAACGAAUUAAGGUGGCAUAAAGGCAAAGGUGCCAUAAACUUUAAGUGAGAAUUAAGCAAAAUGUAUAAAAAUAUUGAAUUUUAAGAUUAAAAUAAUGAUAAUAAAUAAUUAUGGAAUAUUGCAUAAGCU